AUGGGGAUUAAUUGUUCAAGUUAAUAAAAUCAAUCAAAGAAAUUCAAUUCCUCUGUAAGGUAAUAAAAUUAUCUAAUUCUAAAAAGAAAUAAAUAAUAGGUUGCUAAUGAUAUUUAAGACAAAUAGCCAAAUAAACCUUAAAUAUAUGAAUGCUUGUUUAUUGAUGCUUUAAAUGGAAAUAAAAGGCAGAUAAGUAAAUGUAAUCGCAAAGAAGAAGAAGUAUAACAAUAGUAAAAAGUAAUAAACAAAAAUCCUAACUGUGUGAAUUGGGCAUAUGAAAAGAAUACAUUGGAGAAAUUUAAAAACAUUUGUGGAAAGCACAUUAAUGUUCUGAAGAUUUAUGAUAUUUAAGAAGAUGAAUCAAGUUGUUUUGUUUACACCGAACCAUUUGAAAUGAGCCUAGAAUAUUUUUUACAACAAAAAGAUAAAACUUAAUGUUUUAGUUUUAAUGAAAUAUGUGAUUAUGGUAGUCAGAUAGUGAAAGGAUAUCAAUGUUUGAGAAACCAAAAAAUCAUAUUGAGAGAUUUAUCACCAAAGAGUAUCUUAAUUUAGAAAAUUCCAAAUAGAAUAAUUUUAAAAGUAAGUAUUUUAUAAUUAAUAGAUAUCGAAUUUUAGUUCAAGAUCUGUUAAUGAAUAUGAAUAAAUGGAUUCUCCUACUGAAAUUCCAUUCUAUAUUGCUCCAGAAGAAUUCAAUAAAGACCAAAAUUAAUUAAGAUUUAAUGAUUCAUGUUUUAUCUAUUCUGUAAGAGUGAUUACAUAUAAUUUACAAGCUUGGGAUAAUUCUUUUCAUGAUGUGCUAUAAUGGAGAAAGACCAGAAAAAAUAUAUAACUCUAAAGAUCUCAAAAAAUUUCAUGAAAAUCUUAAACUAUAUGGUUUUUAAUAUCCAAACAAUCCUAAUUAUCCAAAAAGUAUUUUUAAUUUAAUAGAAAAAAUGAUUGUUUAUAACCCAAAUAAUAGAUUAUCUUGGGAUUAGUUAGAAAAAAGCUUUACUCAAAAUUUUGUUAUUUUAAAGGAAAUAUAUUUUGUAGACCUAAAUAAACCUAUUGGUUCAGGAGCAUAAGGAGUAGCUUAUCAUGCAUAUGAUUUAAAAAAUAAACAUGAAUUAGUUUGCAAGAUUAUUUAAAAUAAGUCUUUUGGAACCUCAAGAGAAAUUUAAAUUUUUACUUAAAUCAAAGAUAAAUAACAUGAAAAUGUGAUCAAAAUUUCUGAAAUUAUAGUAAAGAAUGAUUUUACCUAUUUAAUUAUGGAAAAGUGUGAUAUGAGUCUACGAAUUUAUUUAGAGCAAAUUUAAAAAAAUGGACAGUUACUAUCAAAUAAAUAGAUAAUUAAAAUAUUAUACUAAAUUGUAGAAGGUUAUUGUUUUCUUAAGUAACUUGGAAUACUUCAUAGAGAUUUAAAACCAGAUAAUAUUUUAUUGAAGCUGAAUAAUAAAGGGAAACAUGUUGUCAAAGUAUAAUUAUUAAACUUCAAUAGAUCAUAGAUUUUGGAGUUGGUAAGAUUAUAGGGUAAAAUCUUACUUCAACAAUGGCUGGAACUCCAUUAUAUGCAGCUCCAGAAAUCUUCUAAGGAUAAAAGUCUUAUGAUUAUUAAUGUGAUAUCUUUUCAGUAUUAUUUAAUUAUUAAUCUAUAGUUAGGAGUGAUUUUACAUUAAAUGGUCUUUCAAAGAAUGAUUAAAAAUAUUAGAGCCAGAGGGGAGCUUCUUCAAUAUCACUAGUCUUUAAAAUAUCAACCAUUUAUAUGUCCAAAUCAUUAGGUAUUAUGAUGUUUAAAUUAGAAUCCUUUAUUCUCUGAACUUAUUAAUCAAAUGAUUGUGUAUGAGCCUACAAAAAGAAUUAAUUGGGAAUAAUUACAAGCUCAUUAAAUUUUUGAUGAAAUUAAAUUAAAACAUCCUAACUCAAUCAUUUAAGAUCCAUUUGUAUAAUCGAAAAAUCAAUAGCUUUUAGGAUAAAAAUUAUAUUGUCCAAUUUAAUAACCUUCUUCUUCUUCUGAAAAUGUUAAGACAGAAAUAUAUUAAUAUAUUAUUUCUCUUCAAACUUUAUCAUUUAAGGUUUUUCUCAUGUUUGAAGAAUUCUAAAAGUAAGAUUAAACUUUACAUGAUGAAAUACUAAUAUCCAAUAAAUUUAUUAUUAGAUUUAGCAUAUCAUGUUUGAUGAGUAUUCUUCAGCUACAAUAAAGUGGUUCUAUAAUUUUAGAUGAAGAAGAAUAUAAAUUAAAAUCAGUAUCUAACUUCUAAAAUUGGUUAAAUUAAAUUAACAUUAAAUAAUUGAUAAAUGAAAAAAAAGAAAAAUACAAUAUCUUAUAAACAGCAUAAACCCUCAAUUAAACUUAAAUCAUUAAUGAAGGGAAUAACCUCUUAAAUGAACUCAAUAAUUUGUUUUUAAAUAAAAAUAGAAAUCCCAACUUUUUGCACACUCAUAAAUACUUUAAUAAAUUUUAUCAACAAGUAAGAGUUAAUUUUUUAAAAUCUAAUAUACCACUAAAAAUUAGAUACUUUAUGGAAAAGUUUUCCAAUAUUUUCAUUUAAUUUCCAAUCAGGAAUUACGGAUUAAUUAAAGAAUCUUAAAUUGCCUAAAUAUUUUGUAUAAAAGAGAAAAUGGAAACUUAUAUUAACAAUCAAAUUAGCAAUAUUUGA